UCCCAACCGCUGUUCCCGCGCUUUCACAAAACAGGCAUUGAAAACCUGCGCUAAGAUUAGCUCAUCAAUCUGCGUUUUCCAUUCGGAUUUCUACGCCUCCCUCUCCGUAGUUCCGUCAUAAUCGAUUCCUCUCCUAACUAACCAGGUUUUGAUUGACUGGUCUCCGGCUUCCGUUUCCCCCACCAUUUUCCUUUUCCGGCCACCGUCGAUCAAAACCUGCCCAUUUCCUCCCCCUUUUCUCUUACGUCUACCUUCCUUAAUCUUACGCUCAACCGGGUUUCACUCUUGUUCUCUAAUCUCACUUUUAUUUGCAAAUCACGCUUUGAAUUAAGCUGUAAUUGUGAAUUUUGCUUGAAUCGCAGGCGGAGGACCAUUCAUUAUUUAGGUUGGAGUUUUUUCAUUUUUUUUUUCCUUUCCUCUCGAGAUCGGGUAGUUAAGGGUUUCAGUUUAUAGCUAAUCGGAAGACGAAAGAAAAAUGGGUACCUCUGUUAAGGGCCUCAUGAAAGGAAUUAAAUACAUUUCACAGAUUUUCGAUGAAAAAGAACAGGAAAUGCAGAUUGGGCUUCCCACUGAUGUUAAGCAUGUCGCUCACAUUGGAUGGGAUGGUCCAUCUGCUAAUCAGAAUAAUACACCUACCUGGAUGAACGAGUUCAAAUCUUCGCCACAAUCCCAAAACUCAGGCGAUUUGGCUAAUUCUACUGGGGAACUUGCUCUUUCUUCUGUCCGAGAAUCUGGAGAGCUAGAUGUGAAAAAGGAAGGUCGAGCUCCAAGGUCAAAACGCCAAACUUCAACAGACUCUUCCUCAUCCUUAGACUCUUCUUCUGCUCGGCGGAACUCGGAGAAGAACUCCAGGCGACAGCGAUCAUCAUGCCCCUCAGGUGACUCGGGACCCCAGGAAGGUAGUUCGUGCAAGGAAGGUAGUUCGCGACAUGCACGACGUCGUCGUGGUUCAGCUCCCGGAAAUGAAACAAGCACAGAAAAUCCUGUCCCAAAACAUUCUCAUCGGAGGAAAUCUAAGGGGUCAUCGGACGGUGGUGAAUCAUCAAAAUCAAGAAACAACGACUCUUUAACAGACAUAACUCUACCAGUUUUGGAAGCAGUGGACGAAGAGAAGGGAUGAGCAGAAUUCCAGACAAGGAACUACUAAACGGCAUUUCAAAUGGUUCCUUGCCCCAAUAAGGACCAAAUUUUGUUACCUUGGAGAUGAAAUGAUUUUAGCUUCAGUAAUCGGUUAUUGUUUUACUACCAAGCAGAAGGGUGUUCUGUAACAUGAGCGAACAGCCAUUUCUUGAAAAUAAUGUCCCACAUGUAAUCUGAAAUUUGGAUUUCUACAUUGUUCAGCAUCCCUUUUCAAUGCAGUGGGGUUUAGUAUGAUCAUCAUAAACCACUGUUAUUGACAGAAGCUUUGUAGUCACAAUAACAGCACUUAGAUAGAGCUUAUUACUUCGUCAAAUUUGUUGCACUUUUGUGCACCAUAUGAAACAUUUCAUCUCUCAAGUAAUACAACUCUCUUUACGUCUA